AUGGAUCAAAACGGAGAGGAUCAAAAUCAAUUCGUAUCCAAUGGAGCGCCAGCAGUUAUGGCUAAGGAGUUUACAUUGGAUAUACCUAGGAUACCAAGUGUCGAGUUACCUUUGAAAGUUUCCGCAUCGCCGAGCAGUGUACAGAAGGCAGUCAGAAUGGUAGGUGGUCUUCACAACGUUAAAAGAGCCUUAUCAUCACACAGUGACACACAGGAAGGACUCGAACUUUAUAUGAACUACGGCAAAGAGGAUAAUGGUUCAGAAGUUUUUUUCAAUGAGCAUCCCGUAAUUGGAAGGCAAGUGCCGUUGCGAGACGAGUCCAUAAUCGUGAAGAUUUCGCUGCCGAAAGGGACCUUGGCUGCACACAAUGGUGAUGUCAGAAAGUCAAUCGCCUCCGUUCCAUACAAACAUGCCAAGAUUGUACCGGUGGCCAUAAUAGAUAAUACUAUCAGAUUUAGAGAGAUGUCUGACUUUCAGAUGUGUCUGGAUAACGCUCCAGCAGCAAAAGAGUUCAAGGAGAGUUUUGGAUCUAUGGACUGGUCAAAGUUUAAAACCUAUGUUGAGAGCAUUCCGGAUGAUGAUUCGCGUCCUUACGAGAACAUCAAUAACAUCAUUGUUGAUAGGUCACUGAAGUCGCCUAACACAGACUUUCAGCUACCGCCACCACCUAGAUUUUCCAUGGUUAAUAUUCCUUUUGUCUACAAAUACAAAGGGAACCCUUAUGCAACGAAAACUUCAACUGGUGAGUCAACAGUUAAAGGAACUUAUUUAAAGAAUUAUCAGCAAUUCAUUCAUUCGUUUGGGGAAUCUACACAGAUACCUAAUGCAGCACAUCCCUCCUUGAUUGAGGAUUAUGAAGCGGCUAAAAAAACAGGAAUAUACCCUGGGAGCAAUAAAGAGUCUCAGUUCUUUGAGAAACUUGAGAAAUGUCUAGAGAUCCUACGAAAACUGUUUGAAAAGAGGCCUGUGUGGGUAAAAAGGCAUAUAGAUGGGAUCAUACCACAAGACUUACAUAGUGCUCUGAAGAUUGCAUUGUCACUUGUUUCAUACAGAUUUACCAAAGGGCCUUGGAGAAACACCUAUAUCAAGCUAGGAAUUGAUCCUAGGUCGUCUUCCGAAUACGCCAAAUAUCAAACAGAAUAUUUCAAAAUCGAGAAUAAACUACUCAAGUCGCCGCAGGCAGCGAAAAAUAUUCCGGAGCCGCCAUCGCGGUUUUACCAAAGUAAUGUCCCAGGCGAAAUAGAUACAAGGUUUGUUUUUGAUGGCAAACAGAUCCCAUGGUAUCUAAUGCUGCAAAUAGAUUUGCUGAUCAAAGAACCCAAUAUCGCAGAAAUUUACGACAAAUUGACGUACCUUGAAAAGCCCACCGAACUCACAGGAUGGUAUCACGAACUUGAUCUGGCGAAAAUAAGACGAAUUGUAAAAUAUGAAUUGGGUUGUAUGGUUCAGGGCAAUUACGAAUUCAGUGAGUACAAACUCAAGUUUUUUAAGAAUAUGUUGUAUGCCAAAGAAUCCAUGAUGCUGAAGGAGAGGGAUAAGGAAGAUGAAGACGGAGACGUAAAUAUGGAAGAUGUCGAAAAUCAAAACAAGGAAGGUGAUUCAGCUGGAAUCGAUGACGAAGAAGACAACGGCGUCGAAACAGGUGAAAUUGAUGAUUCCAUAUUAGAGGCAGAGGAGGCUGAUGACGAAGAAUCUUUUUUAAUUGAAGAAGAUACUACACAGUCCAGAGCCACAAAAGAUACGCCAAGCAAUGCCAGCGAAAUAGAAAGCGACAAUUUCGACAUCAAAUCAGCGUCCUUUAUGGAAAUUAUUCAACGAAUUGCUAAGAACGAUCCCGAAACCGCAGAAACUCUCCGCAAAGAGCUAGAUGGGUUCGUAGAUCAAUCUCAACUGUAG